CUCACUUUCAUCACGAAUUGUCCGCUUUUCUUAAAUUAUUAAAAUUUCUAAUUUAUUUACAAUUGUAAACUAGAAUGUAAAAAUACAGUUCGUGACUCAGCGGUAUUCAUGUAUUUAAAUAAGUUUGUACCGCAUGAUAUAACUAAAAAUAAAAAUAAUUAAUGGUCGCUAGCAAAAUCUUGAAUCGAUUUAUAAACUACGAAAUUAUAUCAAGUUUAUCUUGAAUUAAUUAACGUUAUGUCAACAAAGUUAUGAGCUGACUGUUUAAUUGUUCACAAAAGAAACCAUCAUGUCUCUUGAACGUGAUAACAUGAGUGUGGGACCUAGUAUGAGCGUGGGGGGAUCCUCAAAUGAUCCCAGGUCACAGCUGCUGCAAGAGAUGAGGGAGCAUAAUUUCGAUAUGAUAAGAUUUGCAUCAUAUAGAACAGCAUGCAAACUCCGUUAUGUUCAGAAGAAAUGCAACUUACAUGUAAUAGAUAUAUGGAAUGUUAUAGAAGCGUUCCGUGAGAAUGCUCUCAAUACGCUAGAACCAAAUGCAUGUGUCAAUGUUACACGUCUAGAAACACUAGUGUCAUCGCUGUACCACAAUUUGAACAAGCGUCUUCCUCCAGCACAUCAGGUGUCCGUUGAAGCAUGUUCAGCAUUAUUACUAAAUUGGUUGUUAUCUGCUUACAGUACUGGUGAGAAUGUGGGGAAGAUUCGUGUCUUCUCGAUAAAAGUGGCGCUCGCAACGAUGUGCGCAGGCAAACUAAUGGAUAAGCUCAGAUAUAUAUUCUCACAGCUGUCAGAUGGUAAUGGCCACUUGUUAAUGAAAAGACUGUCGGACUAUCUUCGUGAGGUGUUAGCGCUUCCAGCCGCAGUUUACGAGUCGCCUUCCUUCGCCUACAACGACUCACUUGCACUCUCUAUAUUUAAUCAGCAGAGUGGUAAAAUAACAGUAAACGACUUCCUGGACACACUUAUGUCGGACCCUGGCCCGCCUUGCCUCGUGUGGUUACCACUAUUGCAUCGUCUUGCCAGCGUCGAGAAUGUGGUACACCCGCUGGCGUGCAGCGCUUGUCGCCGCGGUUCACUGACUGGUUUCCGGUACCGCUGCACUCGCUGUGCCAACUACACGCUGUGUCAGGACUGCUUCUGGCGCGGCCGCGUCUGUCCGCCACACACCAACGACCACGAGGUCAAGGAGUACGCCGCCUACAAAUCCCCAUCAAAACAGAUUGGUGCGACGCUUCGUAAAUCAUUCCGCUGUGUGCCGGAACGGGCGCGGCCAUUACCGCGCUAUCCUGACCGCCCCGAGAGGACGCUCGAUCUUAGUCAUAUUGUGCCGCCGUCGCCGGUGCCGGCUCACAACGGGUUCCCGGAGUACUGCGGCGGCGGCGCGGGGCCGCACACGGGGUCGCUGGACUCCCGCUGGGUGCGAGCACGAGGACACGACCUCCGGGGAACUGACGAUGAGCACCGCCUCAUCGCCAGGUACGCCGCCCGCCUCGCCCACGAGAACCGCACCAUGCCAAGAGCUGGAAGGUCUGCUUCACUAACACCAGAAUUGGGCCGGUCGUCAUCAGAAGGAUCUGAAGUAGACGCGGCGCGGCAGCAGCGCGAAUUAAUCUCACAACUAGAAGCUAAAAACAGGGAAAUAAUGAGAGAAAUCGCCAGACUACGACGACAGCAAGAAGCAGAAGCGAGCGCGGGAGCAAGUGCAACAAGCGGUAAUUCCGCUCCGCCGCUUGUAUCGGAGCUGCGGGCGCUGCGGCAACGGAAAGAUGAAUUGGAAGGCCAUCUCUCCUCACUGCAGGAGUCUCGGAAGCAUCUCAUGCAGCAGUUGGAGGGGCUCAUGAGGAUGUUAAAGACGCAGCAGUCAUCGCCCCGUUCCACUCCUAAUUCAUCGCCCCGUUCCACCAAGAGUCCGCCCUUGCCUGGAGCUCAGCCGCAACCCUCAGCGCCAGAAAGAGAACCGACGAGUCGCGGUACAGUACGCAGUGCGCCGCAAACUCCGUCGCUGGGCGAGCGAGAACGUAUCGACAUGACGCACAGUUUAGGAGGAAUGGAAAGUAUGGGUGGAGACGGUAGAACGUAUCAUCAAAACCAACGACCCACGACGAUGGGCAUAGACAACCGCAGCCUCCGAAGUGAUCUCCUGUACGCAGCGGAUUCCGUUACAAACGCUAUGUCCACACUCGUCAGAGAACUCAAUUCUGAGGGAUCCGACACUGAAGACACUAUAAAGGGAGAGUCCAGAAAACAAAGAAGUGAUUAUGAGGACGACGACAGUGAUGAACCGAUGCCGCGACCGCAGCCACCGAGACAUUAUUUACACGACAAUAAUGUUCAGGAUACACCGCCACCUCUACCCGCGCGCACCGGCCUCUGCUACCCCCGCACCUAGCUCCUGACUAAUGUCUCACCACUAAUUUAACACACAAGAGGAUGAAGACAUUGUAAUGCAAUUUACUAUAUUAUGUGUAACCUCGGAGUGACGAGGAUAGUCUUAUAGAAUGCACUAUAUACUUUUAUUGUUGUAUAUAGAUAUAUUUUUUUUGUAUUCGCUUAUUGUGUCUAGUCCCAAGCUGAUUCGUUGUGUGAGCACGGAAUUGUAUAAAGUAAAACCACAGAGUAUACAGUAAGAAUACAGAAUGUUAGCUUGAGCACUGGCUUAAUUUGGAAAGUGGAGGAAUAACAGAAAUAGGGAGUAUGUGAUUUUUAUCACUCUAUAGACUAAACGAGAUUAUACACAUAUGCUUGAUAUAUCCUAUACAGAUAUGGCAUUCCUGAGAGUAAUAUUUUAUUGCAACAGUUACAAUAUAGCAUGGUGAGCAAUGGAUUUUAAGCUUUCACUCUGUAUGUAUACAUAUAUACUCUGCGGUAAGAGCACUGAGUGCAUUAAGUUAUAUCGAAUAUCAUGGCUGUCUAUUCAUGUCUUAUAUUGCAUUAUGAUAAUUAAUAAAUAAUAAUGCGACGUUAUCAAUACUACUUUCUAGUAGAAAUGUUAUUAAAAAUAUACUUAGUUGUAUUGGUAAUGUAACAUUAUUAUUGAGAACUUGAUCUAAACACUAUUGAGCAUUUGUAACGAGACGUGCAAAAUUGUGUUAUUAAUUUAUUUGUUGAAUAACCCUAAAACCUAUGUACAUAAAGUACAAACUCGUUUAAGAGGCCAUCUUUGUCUCGCCUAUGUCAACCAAGUAACUUUUAAGUUGAAGGGUGAGAUAGACAUUAAUAUUGUAAUGUAAAUUAAAAUCUACUUGUAAUAGCUCAGAAGAGCAAUAUUGUUCAAUAGACAAUCAUUUUUCUGAGGACAUAAACAAGUAAUAAAUGUAGUAAACCUGUAUACAGUCCCUGUCCAAUUCAUUAGAUGCACAACAGUUUUUUAUAAAGUUUUAUUAGUAGCUUAAUAAAACGUGGUUUUAAUACAUAAUACAAAUAAUUCUACGUCAUUAUAUUGGUAAUAUCACAAAUAAACAUUGGUACUUGUUGAAAAUGUUUUACUUUAUGAUUAAAAUAUAAUAAUAG